AUGUCCAUAUGUUUUAAUAAUUUUAAUUUAAAAUCUAUUACUUUAAAUAUUUUGAAAAAUUUAAAUUUAUUUACAACAUCUACUUCAAAUUAUAAUAAUAUUCAAUAUCAACAACAAUUUUAUAAAUUAUCAACUUCAACUUCAUCUUCAUUAAUAAAUAAAAGAUUUCAAUCAACUUCAUCUCAAUAUCAAUAUCAACAACAACAACAGCAUCAAGAACAAAUUUAUCAAUAUCAUCAAAAUAAUAAUAAUAAUAAUACUUCAAUGUCAGAGUUACAAGAUCAAUAUACUUUAUUAGCAGAUGAUUCGAUAAUAACUAAAUCAAUAAAUGAUGAUAGAAAUUAUCGUUUUUUUAAAUUAAAUUCAAAUGAUUUAAAAGUAUUAGUUAUAAAUGAUCCUCAAGCUGAUAAAUCUGCGGCUUCAUUAGAUGUUAAUGUUGGAUCUUUUAAUGAUAAACAAUAUAAUAUUUCUGGUUUAGCUCAUUUUUGUGAACAUUUAUUAUUUAUGGGUACAUCAAAAUAUCCAAAAGAAAAUGAAUAUUCAAAUUAUUUAUCAAAACAUUCUGGUAAUUCAAAUGCUUAUACAUCAUCUGAACAUACAAAUUAUUAUUUUCAAAUUGGUUCAAAUUAUUUAGAAGGUGCAUUAGAUAGAUUUUCUCAAUUUUUUAUAUCACCAUUAUUUAGUAAAGCAUGUGAAGAUCGUGAAAUUAAUGCAGUUGAUUCAGAAAAUAAAAAAAAUUUACAAAAUGAUAUUUGGAGAUUAUAUCAAUUAGAUAAAUCAAUUAGUAAUUCAAAUCAUCCAUAUAAUGGAUUUUCAACUGGUAAUUAUCAAACUUUACAUGUUAUACCAGAAUCUGAAGGAGUUAAUGUUAGAGAUACUUUAAUUAAAUUUUAUUCUGAAAGUUAUUCAUCAAAUAUAAUGAGUUUAGUUAUAUUGGGGAAAGAAAAUUUAGAUACUUUAUCAACAUGGGCAAUUGAAAAAUUUUCAUCUAUUCCAAAUAAAAAUUUAACAAGACCAAAUUAUCAAGGUAAAGUUAUAUAUGAUCAACAAAAUCUAUUAAAAUUAAUUAAAGCAAAACCUGUUAAAAACACUCAUCAACUUGAAAUUUCAUUUAUGAUUCCAGAUGAUUUAGAAAAUCAAUGGGAUUCAAAACCACAAAGUUAUUUUUCUCAUUUAUUAGGUCAUGAAAGUGAAGGUUCAAUAUUAAAUUAUUUAAAAUCAAAAAAUUGGGUAACUGAAUUAUCAUCAGGCAAUCUGAAUGUUUGUCAAGGUAAUUCAGUUUAUAUGAUUGAAUUUCAAUUAACUCCAUUAGGUUUAGAAAAUUGGGAAAAAAUAAUUGAAAUAACUUUUCAAUAUUUGAAUUUUAUAUUGAAAGAUGAGCCUCAAAAAUGGAUUUGGGAAGAAAUUAAAAAUAUUUCUGAAGUUAAUUUUAAAUUUAAACAAAAAAUUGAAGCUUCAACUACUGUAUCAAAAAUGAGUAAUUCAUUAUAUAAAUUUGAUGAAAUUAUUCCACCAGAAGAUCUUUUAAGUUCAUCUAUUAUAAGAAAAUUUGAUCCAUUUUUAAUUAAACAAUUUGGUUCUUAUUUAAAUCCUAAUAAUUUUCGAAUAACUUUAGUUUCACAAACUUUGAAUAACUUAACCAAAACUGAAAAAUUUUAUGGCACAGAAUAUGAUAUUGAGGAAAUUCCAAAAGAUCUUUUAAACAAGAUACAAUCACCAACUUUAAAUUCAAAUUUACAUUAUCCAAAACCGAAUGAAUUUAUUCCAUCAAAUUUUGAAAUUUCGAAAAAGAAGCAACCAAAACCUCAAGUAUCACCACAUUUAAUUAGUCAUGAUAAUAAAUUAAAUGUAUGGUAUAAACAAGAUGAUCAAUUUGAAGUUCCAAAAGGUUCAAUUGAAAUAAUUUUCCAUUUACCAAGUUCAAAUACUGAUAUUGAAUCAUCAACUAAAUCAAUUAUGUUUAUGGAAAUGUUAGAUGAUCAAUUAAAUCAAAUUACUUAUUAUGCUUCAUUAGUUGGAUUAAGGGUUUCAAUGAAUUGUUGGAGAGAUGGAUUUGCAAUUGCUGUUGGAGGUUAUAAUCAUAAAUUACCUAUUCUUUUAAAACAAGUUUUGGAGAAGUUCUUUAGUUUUAAACCAGACCCAAAAAGAUUUGAUUUAUUAAAAUAUAAAUUAUUAAAAGAAUUUAAAAAUUUUGGAUAUCAAGUACCUUAUAAUCAAGUAGGUACUCAUCAUUUAAACUUGGUAAAUGAAAAAGUUUAUGAUUAUGAUGAAAAAAUCAAAAUUUUGGAAAAUUUAAAAUAUGAUGAAGUUGCAAAAUUUAUAGAAAAGAAAAUAUGGAAAUCAGGUAUUUUUGGAGAAGCUUUAAUUCAUGGAAAUUUUGAUAUUCAAAGUGCAACUGAAAUAAAAGGGAUGAUUCAAAAACAUAUGGAAACAAUUAAGCCAAUCAUGAAUGAAUAUGAUGAAUCUAAAUUUCAUUUACAGAAUUAUAUUUUAAAACCUAAUGAGAAUCUUAGAUAUGAAGUUAGUUUGAAAGAUGAAAAAAAUGUAAAUUCAUGUAUUGAAUAUUAUUUACAAUUUAGUUCCACUAAUGAUACUAAGAUGAGAGUAUUGAUUGAUUUAUUAGUAACUAUAAUUCGUGAACCAUGUUUUGAUAGAUUAAGAACAAAAGAACAAUUAGGUUAUGUUGUAUUUUCAAAUUUAAGAAAAGGCAGAUCUUCAUUAGGUUUUAGAAUUUUGGUCCAAUCAGAAAGAAGUUGUGAGUAUUUGGAAUAUAGAAUUGAUGAAUUUUUAAGAAAAUUUGGUCAAUAUAUCAAUAAUGAUUUGAAAGAUGAAGAUUUUCAAAAAUUCAAAACAGCUUUAGUGGAUUCAAAAUUAAUGAAGAUUAAACACUUGAAUGAAGAAACUAAUAGAUUAUGGAAUUCAAUAACUGAUGGAUAUUAUGAUUUUGAUUUUAGAUCUAAACAUGUUAAAAUUAUUGAAAAAAUUACCAAAGCUGAAUUUAUAAAGUUUUUUAAUGAUUACGUUGAGAAUAAAUUAGGUAAGACUUCAAAAUUGAUUGUUUAUUUAAAUUCUCAAAUUCCUAAUGAGAUUCCAGAGAAGAAAAGAAUUCAAAUUGCUUUGAAUAAUCAUAUUUAUCAUAAUGGAUUUAAAAUAGAUCAUGAAUAUAUUGAUCAACUUUUGAAAGAAACUAGUAACGUGGAUGAAAUAAUUGAAAGAUAUGUUUCUAUACUUGAGCCAAUUAAUGGAAGUAUUAAUAAAGAUCAAAUUAAAUCUGACAUUAUACUUGCAAUUAAUGAACCAAUUCCAAAACAUUAUCCAACUGGAGAGUUAGUCAAAUCAAUUGAUGAUUUCAAAUCAACUCAUGAAUUAGGUGGACCACCAAACCCAGUUGCUCCAUUAUCAAAAUUUUAUUACGAACAAUCACAUUUAUAA